AUGGCAACUGUUGUCAUGUCUGACUACGUGCAGCCUCAUCGGUUUGCCCCACUUCCAAGUGGGCGCGUCUCGCUUCAAGUGGGUGCAGUCAAGCGUAAACACUUUCAGCUUCGGUUUCGCGCCUCGUCCCCACGGCCUCGUCAGCCCAGUUGGUACCUCGCCGCGGCCAGCCACUUGGCCCACUCGGCCUCGACCGGUCCCUGCCGCGAAGGGGCCCAAUGA